AUGGGUGAUCAUUUCAACUAUUACAAUGCGGCGGCUCGACGCUCAAACACACUCUAUGGUGUGCACACAGCCUCUUACAGCUUGGUCGGUGGGCGCACUGCUGAGCGGCACGGGAAUAAGAUGAUCCGAGCGCUCCCCGCCAAUCACAACGGUCGUAUCGGUCGAAUCAAUUCUCAUCUAUCGAAGGAAUUCGGUAUCAAUAAUGCCUUCCAUACUUAG